AAAAAUAACCGCACUCUUACGUCAAACUGUUAAACUUGCUGAAAUUCGCUAUCACCGAAAUGAUGUAACGCUCUCGCGCCUAGACGACCAUUAUCAGCUGCAGAAUCCUUAUAAUCUUCUGUCGUAAACGGAAAUCUUUCGCUUUAACGCGUUUAGUAUAUUAUCAUUGAAGUAUGCACAUAUACAUGUGUAUGUGGAUAUAUUAGUAUAAUGCUGGCAAUAACCUUACAUAUUAUCCUUUACGACGAGCUAAUGCAAGUUGCCAGUCAAACAUUUAGAGCUGAUCGUAUAAAAAAAGGACGUAUUCGCGGCCGGCGUGCGGACCGGAGGCGCGCGCGCCGGAAAAUCAUUCGAUCUAGCGCUUCGGUCGAACGUCGUCCAAUCGGAAAGUGUCAUCGAUUUUUUUUUACUAUAAAUUUUCACCAAUCGAAUUCUACUUUUUUCAAAAUGUUCGAUAUCACUCAGUGGUUGUGUUAAUGAUCGCUACAGGAUCCAGUGCUACGGAGAUUUUUUGAUACUAAAAUGAGCGCAGCUGUUAGACUUUUUUCACGGACUUUCUAGUUUUUAAAAUGCCGAAAGUUUUGCAAUUCAAAAAGACGAUUUGGACAUUCAAAAUAUUGUGAUCCUCAAACUUUAAUUUGCAUUUUUGAAUGUGAAUUUCCAAAGUUUUCUCACGGACGGAAGUUUGAAAAAAACUAUUCAAGAUGAUGUCCAAAAAGCAAUUAGCGUGCAUGUUGGCGUUGCACAUAGUAUACUUGCUGGUUGGUGCGAGCAUAUUUUAUCACAUAGAAAGUCCUCUGGAAUUGGCGCAAAGGGCUGAAGAAAAACUGGAAAGACUUGAAAUCCAAAAUCUGCUUUACGAAAACUACAUCCCAAACGAUCCUGAAAAGCAAGACAGCAUACUGCGCAAGCUCUCCGAAUACUGUGGCAAGUCCAUGUUCAACUACACCACCGAAGAUGCUGAGCCACCCUUCAAGUGGGACUUCUAUCACUCUUUCUUCUUCUCUUAUACGGUUGUUAGUACUAUUGGUUACGGAAAUCUAGCGCCCACAACUCAUCUCUCCAGAAUCUUGAUGAUAUUUUAUGGAUUAUUUGGAAUCCCCAUCAAUGGUAUACUCCUUGCAAAUCUCGGUGAAUACUUCGGUCGUCAGCUUAUUUCUGUGUAUCGCAAAUACAAAAGGAAAGAUGAAAAGCGUGCAGAUAAGCUGGACUAUUUCUUCAGUAACCUGGGCAUGCUUGGUCAAAUAUUUCUCUACUUAGUCCCUGGGUUCUUGUUCUUCAUAUUCUUGCCUGCCUGCAUUUUUAUAGUCUUCGAGGGCUGGGAUUAUGUAGCCGGAAUAUACUAUGCCUUUGUUACUUUAACUACUAUAGGGUUUGGUGAUUUAGUAGCAGGAACUGUAAAUAAUGGUUUUAAGUACGGCUAUUUCAUGGCAUAUCAAAUAUUCCUCAUCGUAUGGAUCACCUUUGGUCUCGGGUAUAUUGUAAUGUUGCUUGGCUUCAUCACCAGUGGUAUGAGAUCUGAGAGAGUGCACAGGUUGGAGCAAAAAUUUGCCUGUCAGUUGAAAUCUACACAAAGCAAAAUACUGCAAGGAUUUACUCGAGACAUCGCUAUUAUAAGAAAAAUUGUAAAUGAAGCUAAUUUAUUGAAAGUUAAACCUGUCUACGUAAAAGCUACGCCUUUUUUAUAUAGAAGCUCAAGUUGCCCGAAUUUCACCUUUGACAUAGAACCAAGAGAUCCUGUUGUUAAGAGAAAACGAGCAAAUUCUGAAAAUAUUCAACUCUCUGCUAAGGAUAUGCUUCGAAUUCAGUCGGAUACUGAUCUUCUUGGAAUAGAUAAAGAAAAGACAUUUACAGCAUCAGCUAUCAUAAAACCAGUUGAAUUAUUGGCUAGAGUCGUAAAUGUAUUAGGUGGAUUUGAAGCACACAAUCGCGACAGAGGUAUCAAUAUUUUUGAUGACGAUCACAUUUUAGCAAGUGAAAAGCCACCUCUUUUCAGCAUUGGUCAAGAAUAUAUACCUAGUACUCCAGUUAGUAUGCGAACCAGAGCAUUGAGUGUGGCUGUGCCAAAUUAUAGGAAAGAAUCUGUCGCUAAAUUAGAUCACGAUUUUACAUGGACAAAUGGUGAUACAGCUGAAAAGUAUAGAAAAGAGGCUAACAUUCGAAGUGGAAAGCUGUCACUACCAGCAAAUGUAGAUACAAAUGAUCCAAGUUCUCAAUCAAAAAGCCUAUUUUCUAGACUAUUUAGAAAACCGAGCUCAAGCGAAAGUCCGGCGGAGUACAUCAAAAACACAAUGAGAGGCAGACUAAGUAGUCCUCAGGGACCAUCUGAAAGUAAUAAAGAUAAAGAACGGCGAGGUAGUAUUUUCCCGACAUUUGGUAUUGGGGAUGCACAAAAAAGCCAUAUAGAUGCAUAUAAAGAAAAUACAAAACGUGGCAGGCAUAGCAUUUUUCCUACAUUCGAUUUCUCGGAGGACGAAGAUAGAGCUACUGCUAGGGCUUACCAACAAAAACCUAAAAGGCACAGCAUAUUUCCCACGUUUGAUUUUAGUGAAGACGAGGAUGCGUCUGCAGCUAAAGCAUACAAGGAAAGAACUAGAUCUGGUAGACAUAGUAUAUUUCCAACAUUUGAUUUUAGUGAUCCUGAUGAUGAUGCAAAACGUUACAAAGAAAGUACAAGACGGGGCAGACAUAGUAUUUUUCCUACAUUUGACUUUAGUGAUCAUACAAGUAAUGAUGAGGAUGCUGUUGAUGAGGACGAGGUACAAAAAUACCAAAAUCGUACUCGAAGAGGACGGCUUAGUCUAUUACCCACAUUUGGUAGAUCUAAAAAGAGCGACGAUGAGACGUUGCCGGAAAGCUCAGACGAGUUGGUUAAUUAUAAGGAAAAAACACGUCACGGUCGCAGCAGUCUGUUUCCGUCUUUUGGCAAAAGCAGAAAAAUCAGUACACCAGAAAGUGGCACCAGUGAUCUUGAGGCCAGUAUCAAGCAGUAUCAAAAUCAAACAAAAAUGGGUCGCAACAGUUUAUUUGCUGGUGAUGCAAGUAGCUUUAGGCAAGCUACCGAAGUUGGCAGAGGAAAUCUCUUCUCUAGUGAAUUAGACAAUUAUAGGAAUAGAACACGUCAUGGACGUCCUAGCUUAUUUGAUCCCGACGUAAACAUUUCGAAUCUACCGGAAUCCGAGCAAGUUGAAGUAUUAGAAAACACAAGUGUAGCAGAUUUACUACGAGCUUUAGCUGUUAUAGAUACAGUUAAUGGGCAAAGUAAUUCAGAUGCAUCAGAUUCAUCGGACCCAUCGUCAUCAAGAAGGCGAGGGUCUAUCAGACCUGAUUUCAAUUUGCCAAACAUUCCUACAAGAGGUGAUAUAGCAGAAAUGAGUGGACCAAGAAGAAGAAAAGUAUCGGUGCGAGCUGCGGCUCCCCAAUUUACUCCAACCUUGGCUACAGUUGUUGCAGGAGCUGAACUGCAAAUAACAGCAGCUGCCCAAAGAGAAAAUCGAAUGUCCAUGUUGAUGCAACCUCCACCUCCUUAUUCAGAGAGCGCCAGUGAAGUACAAACCCCAAGAACUAGAAGGUAUUCACCAGCACCAGUAAUGGCGGAAUCGAGCCGGUCAGGCACAGCACCGGUGACUAGACUUUUCACACGAAUGCGUAAAGAAAGCGCGUCUGCCAUCGAAGAAGGUUCAAGACGCAACAGCUUAACUGAUAUUGUGAUAGAUAAUAAUAAAGAAAAAGAUAAUACGUAACAGUGCCAGUCAUAUCAGUGCAAUUAGUAGAGUUAAGUAUUUAAAUAUUUAUUUUUAUAAUACUAUGUAUUUGAAUUAAGCCGUCCAGUUGUUAAUAUUUUUAUUCCUUAAUCCUUACUGAUAAGCAAAUCGUCGCCAUUCCAUUUUAAUGUUGUUCUUUAAAUUUAAGUUAAUUUAGAAUUUCUUCUUCUGAAACAUUUUCCUGAUAAGUUUAGUAAGGUUCUCAAAAGUUGUUUUAUUACUUAAUUGCAGCUCAGCAAAUCAGAUAAGUAUUACCUAGGUAUUUAUAAUUUUGUAUCGGGCAAGCAUUUUUUUAGAUUUUCCAAUUUCAAAUGUUUUUGGAGCUUAAUCCUCAAAAAUGAUUUGCCCUAAUUUAAAUUAGCCUUAAUUUCAAGGUGGAAAAAUCGAAACACCAAAAAAAUGUGAUAUGUUUUAAUUAGUGUCUCCAAAUAAAUUUUAUAUUACGUAUUCUUACUUAGGAAUUAAAUUUUAUCUAGUCGUUACACUAAUAUAGUGUAGUUACAAUAACAAUAAAUAUUUAUAUCAUGAUUGUGUC